GUCAUCCUUUACUUGCCGUUCAAUCAUUGGGCGACGAUCGCGUGUUUGCCGUCAGCGUCAGAGUUUCCUGUGUGAUCAUCGACAGUAGUGCAACGGUUGGGGGAAAAUGUUCGCAGCCUCGUCAAAACUUCUUGUGGUGCUAUUUUUAGUGUGUUUGGUGAGUGCGACCUCUGGCAGCCACGUAAUAUCGGUGACACAGUUUCAAACCUCGAACUGUGAGGAUCGGCAGGCGCCCGGCAUUUUUUGCUCCGAUUGCAACACUGUCGCCGUCUGCGUGAAGAUCGAUUCGGUUUGGAAAACGUUAUGGGUCGAAGAGUGCAACAAAGCCGAAGGGCUGUACUGUAACGAGUUCGAGGGGGGCUGCUCGACCAGCGUUGGAUCCUGCAAUCCGGGCGGAGGAGGCAACUUUGAGUGUAACACGCCGGGCUUGUUUCCGGACCCGUUCAACUGUCGGGUGUAUCAUUUUUGCAUCCAGAACGGCAACAACCAGGUAGCCAUGAGCAUUGAUUGUGGAGGAGCAGCAUUUUCGCCAGCGACCGGAGAUUGUUCGCUCCAGCUGAAUGAUACCGUGUGCCUGUCGCCACAGUUUAACUGCUCCGUCGUCGGUCAAAUGGGCGCUUGGCCGGGCAAUAACAACAUCUACUACAUCUGCGCAGCGGAAAUGGUCAACGAGAUUCGAGUUCUGCGCCCCCGGUUGUUCCGCUGUCCGGCGAACCAAAUGUUUCAGGACGGGCAGUGCGUACAGCGCGACUGGGCCAAUAUGCCGCCCGGUACGAUCGUUCCGUACGAGUGUGAGAGGCCGGGACUGUUUCCCGAUCCGGCACACUGUCGUUAUUAUUACAGCUGUAGUGCGGAGCUGGUUGCGACGCAUUUACAGUGCCCGGAUGGUACCUUUUUCAAUGUCAACACGUUCUCCUGCGUGCUGGGCGCUUGCUAGUGGAAGUGGGAAUGGUUUCCCUCAUUUAGUGUGCUGUAGCUGAUGGUGCUGCAAUAAAGACCGUUUGCAAUUGAGAAACAAAGGCACUAAGCAUGAAAGAAAAGUGAAAAAAAUGAAGCAUACAAAUUAGGACGCUGAACAGUUAAAAAUGUUGUGCAGUAUUCUCAAAAAACUUUUCAAUCCGUGCCUUCGACACAUUUCUCUUCAGCUUUUAUAAGUUUCGUUAUUUUGAAUUGCUAUUCAUCUUCAUGUGCAUUUUUAAAGUCAAGUAAUGGAAGCUUUACAUCCAAAAUUAGCAAGUGAACUUAGCGCAACAAUAAUCAUAGCAUAAUAAAGCAAUUUCUUAGUUCGUUGAUCGAGAUUUCA